UGAUAAGCAACGGGUUCCCUCAAGGAAACAGCCCCCCGACAGACCAACGGAUUACCUCAGUUAGGGCCGCAUUAUGGUUGGGAGCCCAUAGACGCUGACUCUCGUAUCCUCUUGAAGUUGUGAUCUAGACCUCAUUGUCGCGAUGCAACGAGUCCCAUUCUCAACCUUCUCUCGGGCUGUCCCCACCACGACCAAGUUCUGUCUCAGGUCGAAUGGUCCUAUAAAAGCCCAAUGGCUCGUGCAUCAGUCUCGGAAGGUUCCUCUACCUCAUGAUCUCUUCCGCCGAUUGUAUUCUACAGGUACAUCGUCAAUCCCGCCUCAGACCCCUAAGCCUCGAUCCCGUUUACGCCGAUUCGUGGGCUUCACAUCAAUUGCGUUAAUCGCAUUCACUGCCGGGAUCGUUUACCAAACACAAAAAACCGUGUCUCGCAUGAUGACGGCCACUCUGCCCACAGACGAGGAGACCCUCACAGCAUUCGUUCCUCCCGAUCAGUUUUCGGCAGAGGUCGACAACUUCAUCCGCAACCAUCCAAUCUCCGUGGCGCUGCGGGAGGACUCUGCCUUCACCGAGUCCCGCCCGCAUUUGAAGAUCCCGGCCGAGCUGCGCGCACGCAAUCUGACCGCGGGUACUCUCUCGGGUCCCGAUCGAAUUGUCGUCCCGCCGUAUAUCUUCUCUGAGGUAGGCGGAAAGAGCCUUGUCUCGAUCUUCUACCUUGGCUCCGCCAUCAGUGGCCACCCCGGUAUCGUUCACGGUGGUCUUCUGGCUACACUGCUUGACGAGGCGAUGGCGCGGUGCUGUUUCCCUGCUCUGCCGAACAAGGUCGGUGUAACGGCCAACUUGAAUAUUGACUACCGACGCCCUGCCAUGGCAGAUGCCUAUGCCGUUCUGCGGGCGGAGACGGUGAAGGUCGACGGCCGUAAAGCCUGGGUGGAAGCACGCAUCGAGACUCUGCCGAAGGAUGGCGAGGAGCCCCAGGUCUUGGUUGAGGCGAAGGCUCUGUUUGUGGAGCCCAAGCAAGCUGCAGCUAUGUCCAGUCUUUACAAGAUCACUAACUAGAGCCCAGCCCUCUUCUUGAGAUCGGGCUCAAUCUUCUGAAAUUUUGAGUACCAUGACGCAUGCAUUCAUUGGACAGGCGUAUAGACGGUUGGAUACUUGUUUGUUUCUAUUGAGUUGUACAUAAGAGAUCGUGGAUUUGUGCUAGGAAUAGUUUUUAGAUGGCAGUUGAGCCGCGUGACAAUGCGAGGCAUUGCACAUAUGCAUUGAUCAAUCAAGAUUAUAUUUCACAGAUAUGAACAAUAACCAACCAAGGAAAUCAUCGG